CGCCGCCGCCGCUGCUGCAGCCUUCGAUUCCGUGCGUGUGGCUUUGUGUUCGCUGUGUGUCCGUCGCUAAGGCCGAAGCCACGGACGGUCCUAAGGGGGCUGUGCUCUCGGGUACCAGGAAGCGGACGCCGGUCUGAAGAAGACACUUGAAUCAUGGGUGAUGUUAAAAAUUUUCUGUAUGCCUGGUGUGGCAAAAGGAAGAUGACCCCAACCUAUGAAAUUAGAGCAGUGGGGAACAAAAACAGGCAGAAAUUCAUGUGUGAGGUUCGAGUGGAAGGAUAUAAUUACACUGGCAUGGGUAAUUCCACCAAUAAAAAGGAUGCACAGAGCAAUGCUGCCAGAGACUUUGUUAACUAUUUGGUUCGAAUAAAUGAAGUAAAGAGUGAAGAAGUCCCAGCUAUUGGGGUAGCACCCCCUCCGCCCCCAAUUACUGAUGUACCUGACAGCACAGCAGAUACUGGUGGAGGUUUACCAACAACCAUGGGAGGACCUCUUCCUCCACAUCUGGCUCUGAAGGCAGAAAAUAAUUCUGGAAUUGGGGCCUCUGGCUAUGGUGCUCCUGGGCCCACCUGGGAUCGAGGAGCCAACUUGAAGGAUUAUUACUCAAGAAAAGAAGAGCAAGAAGUACAAGCGACCCUUGAAUCUGAAGAAGUGGAUUUAAAUGCUGGGCUGCAUGGAAACUGGACCUUGGAAAAUGCUAAGGCUCGUCUGAACCAAUAUUUCCAAAAAGAAAAGAUCCAAGGAGAAUAUAAGUACACCCAAGUGGGUCCUGAUCACAACAGGAGCUUUAUUGCAGAAAUGACCAUUUAUAUCAAGCAGCUGGGCAGAAGGAUUUUUGCACGCGAACAUGGAUCAAAUAAAAAAUUGGCAGCACAGUCCUGUGCGCUGUCACUUGUCAGACAACUCUACCACCUUGGAGUGAUUGAAGCUUACUCUGGACUUACAAAGAAGAAAGAAGGAGAGACAGUGGAGCCUUACAGAGUUAACCUUUCUCAAGAUUUGGAGCAUCAGCUGCAGAACAUCAUUCAAGAGCUAAAUCUUGAGAUCGUGCCCCUACCUGAUGAUCCUUCUGUGCCUGUUGUACUCAACCUUGGCAAAUUGGCUCAUUUUGAGCCUUCUCAGCGGCAGAACCAAGUGGGCGUGGUUCCUUGGUCACCUCCGCAAUCCAACUGGAAUCCUUGGACUAGUAGCAACAUUGAUGAGGGGCCCCUGGCUUACGCUACUCCAGAACAAAUAAGCAUGGACCUCAAGAGUGAAUCAAUGUAUCAGCUGGAACAGGACCAUGAUUUGCAAGCAAUCUUACAGGAGAGAGAGUUACUGCCUGUGAAGAAAUUUGAAAGUGAAAUCCUGGAAGCAAUUAGUCAAAAUCCAGUUGUUAUUAUCCGAGGCGCUACUGGAUGUGGUAAAACCACACAAGUUCCCCAGUUUAUUCUAGAUGACUUUAUCCAGAAUGACCGAGCAGCGGAGUGUAAUAUUGUAGUAACUCAGCCCAGGAGAAUCAGUGCCGUUUCUGUGGCAGAGCGAGUUGCAUAUGAGAGAGGAGAGGAGCCUGGAAAAAGUUGUGGCUAUAGUGUUCGAUUUGAGUCUAUACUUCCCCGCCCUCAUGCCAGUAUAAUGUUUUGUACUGUGGGUGUACUCCUAAGAAAAUUAGAAGCAGGUAUUCGAGGAAUCAGUCAUGUAAUUGUAGAUGAAAUACAUGAAAGAGACAUAAAUACUGACUUCCUUUUGGUAGUGUUGCGUGAUGUCGUUCAGGCAUAUCCUGAAGUUCGCAUUGUUCUCAUGUCUGCUACUAUCGAUACGAGCAUGUUCUGUGAAUAUUUCUUCAGUUGCCCAAUCAUUGAAGUUUAUGGGAGGACUUACCCAGUUCAAGAAUAUUUUUUGGAAGACUGUAUUCAGAUGACCCACUUCAUUCCUCCACCAAAGGACAAGAAGAAGAAGGAUAAGGAUGAUGAUAAUGGUGAAGAUGAUGAUGCAAAUUGCAACCUGAUCUGCGGUGAUGAAUAUGGCCCAGAAACAAAGAUGAGCAUGGCUCAGCUGAAUGAGAAAGAAACUCCUUUUGAACUCAUCGAGGCUCUGCUUAAGUACAUCGAGACCCUCAACGUCCCUGGAGCUGUGUUGGUUUUUCUGCCUGGCUGGAAUUUGAUUUAUACUAUGCAGAAGCAUUUGGAAAUGAAUCCACAUUUUGGAAGCCAUAGGUAUCAGAUCCUACCUCUGCAUUCUCAGAUUCCUCGAGAGGAACAGCGCAAAGUAUUUGAUCCAGUACCAGGUGGAGUAACCAAGGUUAUUUUGUCCACCAAUAUUGCUGAGACAAGCAUUACCAUAAAUGAUGUUGUUUAUGUCAUUGACUCCUGCAAGCAAAAAGUGAAGCUGUUCACUGCUCACAACAAUAUGACCAAUUACGCUACAGUUUGGGCAUCCAAAACAAACCUCGAGCAGCGGAAAGGACGAGCUGGCCGCGUACGGCCUGGAUUCUGCUUUCACCUCUGUAGCCGAGCUCGUUUUGAGAGACUCGAAACCCACAUGACCCCGGAGAUGUUCCGAACACCAUUGCAUGAAAUUGCGUUGAGCAUAAAACUUCUGCGUCUGGGAGGAAUUGGCCAGUUCCUGGCCAAGGCAAUUGAACCUCCGCCCUUGGAUGCUGUGAUUGAAGCAGAGCACACACUUAGAGAGCUUGAUGCAUUAGAUACCAAUGAUGAGUUGACUCCUCUGGGACGAAUCCUGGCUAAACUCCCCAUUGAGCCUCGUCUUGGCAAAAUGAUGAUAAUGGGGUGUAUUUUCUAUGUGGGAGAUGCUGUUUGUACCAUCUCUGCUGCCACCUGCUUUCCGGAGCCUUUCAUCAGUGAAGGAAAGCGACUGGGUUAUAUCCAUCGAAAUUUUGCUGGAAACAGAUUUUCUGAUCAUGUGGCCCUUUUAUCAGUAUUCCAAGCUUGGGAUGAUGCUAGAAUGGGUGGAGAAGAAGCAGAGAUACGUUUUUGUGAGCACAAAAGACUCAAUAUGGCUACGCUUAGAAUGACCUGGGAAGCCAAAGUUCAGCUCAAAGAGAUUCUGAUUAAUUCUGGAUUUCCAGAGGAGUGUUUAUUAACACAAGUGUUUACUAACACUGGACCAGACAAUAAUCUGGAUGUUGUUAUCUCUCUCCUGGCCUUUGGCGUGUACCCCAAUGUGUGCUAUCAUAAGGAAAAGAGAAAGAUUCUCACCACUGAAGGGCGUAACGCGCUUAUCCACAAGUCAUCUGUUAAUUGUCCUUUUAGCAGCCAAGACAUGAAGUACCCAUCUCCCUUCUUUGUUUUUGGUGAAAAGAUUCGAACCCGGGCCAUCUCUGCUAAAGGCAUGACCUUAGUCACCCCCUUGCAGCUGCUUCUCUUUGCCUCCAAGAAAGUCCAAUCUGAUGGACAGAUUGUGCUUGUAGAUGACUGGAUCAGACUGCAGAUAUCUCAUGAAGCUGCUGCCUGUAUCACUGGUCUCCGGGCAGCCGUGGAGGCUCUGGUUGUUGAAGUAACCAAGCAGCCUGAUAUCAUCAGCCAGUUGGACCCCGUUAAUGAACGUAUGCUAAACACAAUCCGCCAAAUCUCUAGGCCCUCAGCUGCUGGUAUCAACCUUAUGAUUGGCAGUACACGGUAUGGAGAUGGUCCACGUCCUCCCAAGAUGGCUCGAUAUGACAAUGGAAGUGGAUAUAGAAGGGGAGGUUCAAGUUAUGGCGGUGGAGGCUAUGGAAGUGGUGGAGGCUAUGGGAGUGGUGGAAGCUACGGUGGCAGUGGCUAUGGGGGUGGCUCCAGCUCGUACCGGGGAGGCUACAGAGGGGCUUCCCGAGGUGGCUAUGGAGGUGCCCCAGGAGGAGGCUACAGAGGGUCUGGGGGGUCCCAGCGAGGGGCUGGCAGAGGGGGCUAUGGGAGCGGCUACUUCGGACAAGGAAGAGGAGGCGGUGGCUAUUAAAGCUGGCGAGUGUCAGUGGUGCGCAGACAGGUAAAAAAUGCAUGCUACCCAUUUUCCCAAGUUGUUUAUGUGCUGCCAAUAAGUAAACCCAUUUUCCACCUGUUCUGUGGUUUGUCGUAGUUUAAGGAAACUAAACACAUAGGUAUAUUAGUGAUUUUGUUUAUAUUAUGUAAAAUAUCAUGCUCUAUUAUAAAAGUACUACAGUUUGUAUUUUUUCUUUAAUGAGUAAAGAUUUGCCUUUAAAAUUAACUUGAUAUUUUCUUGACUUUAGUUUAAUACAAUAGAAAUAAAGUAUUACAUUGAAUACUGGCCAUGUAGUUAAUUGUUGAUCUUACACAUUAGAAAAAUUUUACAAUGGCACUUAAUUACAUCUGUUAGUUUUAAACAUCAGAGGAGAAACUACUUAGUUUCACAAGUACACCAAUUGAUGUUAUUACAGUAGUUAGAAUAAAUAGCCUGGAAAUGCAGUUGUUAUUCUUGCAGUAAAUACAGGCCAGUACACAGUUGACAUGGGCCUCUGUAUCUGAAUGAAACUUUUGACCUAAGGCUGAACAUUUUUACUUUUUCCCAAGCUUUGUCUUUGAAAAAUCUAAGACCAAGGUCAGCGUUCCCUUUUCUUAAGUUAGUUUCCAGUGUAACAGUUACUUUAAAAUUUUAAUCAAAAUUAAAAAUUAAUCUACGUAACCAUUGAAUAAAGAUUAUAUUUAGGCAAAGAAGCUUCACCAGUGCAUAAAGUUUAGAUAUUUGACAAGUAACUCUACAUUAACAUGUAUUUCAAAGGAUAUUUGUUAAGCUAGUUUAUUUUAGUGGAGAUGAUUAUAUGCUUAUAACACUUUAUAAGUUUCCAAUGAAUUUUCACAUUUCUAAUUUCAGAAAUAGCUCAGUAUAGUAGAGAUUAUGAAGUUUUUGGAUGAGACAGAACUGAGCUCAUAUCUUAAUGCUGCUGACACGUGAAUGAUCUUGGGCAACUUAUAUUUUGUGUUAAUGUCCUUUUCAAAAUUCUCCUCUCAUUAUACAUAUGUUCUUUAGAUCACCUUCAGCAGUUACUGUUGAUAAGCUGAUUAGUCCAGUUUACAGACUCUCCAAUCUGUAUCUCCAACUGAGACGUUCUUUCUGAGCAUCCAGACCUAUGUAAAGAACUACUUACUGGACAUACAUUUCUGUCCAGAAAUUUAAAAACUUAAGUACUUUACAAACUGAAGAAAAACCCCUAACUCAUCCUAUGUGCUAUACUCUGUUCACUGUUCAACUGGUUUUUGUUUGUUUAAACACGGAUAGGAGUUUCAGCCAAAGCCAUAAAUAUCACCACAUCUAGUCAAUUCUUCUUCCAGAACACCUUCCAGUUGUGCUAUUCUAAACUAGCUGCCUGUGUUCUAUUCAGGCUGUCAUUAACUUGGAUGUACACUGAUGCAGCCUCUUAACUGAUCUUCCUGCUUGUUAAGUCCUGCCUGUCUACAGUCCAUUCUCCACACUGCGGUGAGAUUAACAUUCCCAUACAAAUCUAAGGUCACCACCGUGCCUCUCUUUGCUUAAGCCAGUGGUUCCUAUUGCCUUUGGGGUAAAGGCUAAGCUCCCUUCUUAUCCCCUCACUCCUACCCUACACUCAGUUCCAUUCAGUAGCCACACCGUAUUUCUAGCCUUAAUCAGUGGCUUUGUGUCCUUUGCACAUGUGAAAAAUCCCAUAAAAGGUAUAAAUUUAGUAAUGCCUCGCCUGACUGCUGGUACGUAUUCCUCCAACUUCUUUAACUAGAAAUGGGAAAUCAAAAAUGGCCAAAAGGGAUAUCAAAUUACAUUCUGUGAAGCUUGGAAGAACCACUCAGGCAGGCAUAGUUCUCAGAAUUUAGCUAGAAACCUAAGGCAGUUGCUAUGCAGAUUUCUAGAACUCUUCUCUCUGCAGCUGUGUCCUGUAUUCUGCCCCACAAAUUUUAACUACCCUCCUCAAACUCCAGUGUCUUUUAACUCAGUGAGACUGCUCUUCUCCGCUUGUUCCUUUCUUCCUCUGUCAUGAUCCAGAGUGCCUCCACACAAAGUCAGGGUGGUCUUAGGCUCAUCUAAUUUUUCCCCUUAUUUGGGGGAUCACAGUUCUACAUUGCCUGUUGUCCAAUGUCUGAAAGCAGUUGACUCACAUAUAUAAUGUUUUGUUGUCAUUUCAACAGUCUUCACAGCAUCUUUACCAACCAGGUGUAGAUUCCAUCUUAAGAAACCACUUUCUUUGCUCAUCCAUAAGAAGCAGCUCCUCCUCUGUUCAAGUUUUAUCAUGAGAUGGCAGCAGUCGAGUCACAUCUUCAGGCUCCACUUCUAGUUCCCUUGCUGUUUUCACCGCAGCUGCAGUUACUUCCUUCACUGAAGUCUUGAGCCCUUCAAAGUCAUCCAUGAGGGUUGGAAUGAACUUCUUCCAAACUCUUGUUAAUGUUGAUAUU